CGCGCCAUGGCGGACAGCGGGUACGUGGUGGUGCAGCCGCCGGCCGGCGCUCUCCGGGGGCUGACGGCUCGGACCAAGGGCAAGGCGGCGCCCUACUUCCGCUUCCUGGGCAUCCCCUACGCUGCGCCGCCGGUGGGGCCCCUGCGCUUCCAGCCACCAAAACCUGCGCAGACAUGGAAAGGCGUGAAGGAUGCUCUAAAAUUUGGAAGUAGAUGUGUUCAGCUCGACUUGCUCAGCAAUGAAGAUGUGGGCAGUGAAGACUGCCUCUACCUCAAUGUUUACACACCAAAGUUACCCGAAGGGACAAGGUUUGAUCUAUUGCCUGUUAUGUUCUGGAUACACGGUGGUGGCUUCACAGCAGGUGAUGGAUCUGACAGUUUAUAUGGACCAGAUCUUCUCAUUGAGUGUAAUGUUCUGGUUGUCACCAUCAACUACAGACUUGGUGCCUUUGGUUUUCUAAGCACAGGUGAUUCAGUUUUACCUGGAAAUAUGGGCCUCAAGGACCAAGUGAUGGCUCUGCAGUGGGUCAAGAAAAAUAUUGCAUCAUUUGGUGGAGACCCAAACAACAUUACAAUUUUCGGAGAAAGUGCAGGUGGUGCAUCUGUGCACUAUCUCAUGCUGUCACCAAUGGCUAAAGGUCUUUUCCAUAAGGCAAUUAUUCAGAGUGGUGCAGCAUUUUGUCCUUGGGCAUUCACAAAUGAGCCACGCAAGAAUGCAUUAAAAUUGGCAGCAUCUUUGGGAUGUAAUUCAACAGACAGCAGUGAUAUACUCUCAUUUCUUUCAAAAGUACCACAAAAAAAGAUCCAUGAGAACAGUAUGAAGCUAUUCAGCAAGGAGGACAUGAAAUAUAAAUUUGAAGUAGUUUUCCCACCAACAGUUGAGAAAUAUGCAAGUAAUAGCUGCUUUCUUCCAAAACAUCCUCUAAUUCUAUCUCAAAACUCUAAGCAAGAAAUACCACUUCUUAUUGGUUCAACAUCAAAGGAGGGCUACAUAUUUAUGAGAGAAGCAAUUCAGGAUACUUCAAUCCUCACAAAACAUUUUGAAGCAACUGUGGAAAUCAUGAGGAAUUUCUCUAUAAAUCAUGUGAGCCAUGAUUCAUUGAAAGAUCAAAUAAAAAAAUUCUAUUUCAGUGACAAACCUAUUUCAGAAGAAAUGUUAGACCAAUAUGCAGAUUUCCAAACAGAUGCAUACUUUGGUUUAGGUGUACAUAAAGCUGCGCUAUUCAACGCAGUGAAUUCAUCGUUACCAACAUAUCGUUACAUAUUUUCAUAUAGUGGUGGUAUUAAUAUGGGAAAAGUGUUUUCAGGUGCUUCACACAUGCCAGGUGCAGGCCACGCAGAUGAGUUGGCAUAUUUGUUCAAUCCAGGUAUAUAUGAUCUUGAUGUGGCUCCAGGCUCAGAGGAUGAGAAAAUGCAAAUAAAAAUGACACAGUUAUGGACAAAUUUUGCUAAGACUGGGGUACCAACAACCGGUCUGCAUUCAGCAGUUUCCACAACAUGUCCACCUUUCACAAAACACCAACUAUUCUACAUUGAUAUUGACAAGAACAUAACUGUGCACAAGGGCCCUUUCAAAGAACGUAUGGCCUUCUGGGAGCAAAUUGAAAAACAAUUGGCAUCAAAACUAUAAUUCAGUCUACAACAUUCCUGAAGUUCCAAAGAACAAAAAUCAAAGCUUAUUUGCAAAACAACAAGGAAACGGACUGUUGUAUAUUGAAGAACCAUCAGCUGUUUGGCAGGAUGUUAUAAUUUUCAGUUCCAGACAUGGAACAACUGACUGACAUUGUUAUAACUCUGUUCCUAUGUAGAUUCAAACUGAUAUUUAAUAAUGUUAAGUUUAUAUGGUGGUCAUUGAGAGUGGAAUCUCAUGGUCAUGACUAUUCUUGUGGUGGAGUGAAAUGUUACAGUGGUAAAGUUCUUGACAUGUGUUUUUAUUGAACUGUAUGCCCAAUGGUUAUGUUCAUUGUGAGUGAAUAGGAAUUAUUAAUCUCCCAGGAGAAAAAUUUUUAACUACAUUUAUCUGAAGCAAAUAUAUUGAUUUUUUUCCAGAAGUUAUAAAAUUAUAUAUCAGAGUGAAAAUUUUCAUCCACAUGGAAUUCCUGAAGUAAAUGAUGAAAGCGAAAAAUGCAGUGGCAACUCAGAAGAAGAAAUACCACUAGCAAAACACUUUAUCCACUAACAAGAAUUUGCAUUAAAUAAUUUUUAUGUUA